AGGUGAACAUGGCGAUCAACACGGAUGCCAACUUCCAGAGAUCCAGUUUGGGUGAGGGCGGAGGAGGCGCUCCGCCGCCAGACUUCCAGGAAACUGAGAAACUACUUGCAGUGACCACUGAGCCUGGAGGGAACCAGAUGAACAUGUCCACCUCCUUCACGGUCAACGUGGGCAGCGACAAGGGUCUGGAAGCCGAGGAGAACGGCCACAGCGUCUCCGUGAGAUCGGGCUCCACCGGGCAGCUGGCCGCCUCCGCCCCUCUCUCCCCUUCCAAGGCGAGUCUGAGCCGCUCCUCCACCGGCAACGCAGUCCAGGAGACCCCGAAGCCCCGGGAUUACCUCAUCCUGGUCAUCAUCUCCUGCAUUUGCCCCGUUUGGCCCAUCAGCAUCGUGGCACUGGUGUACUCCAUCAUGUCCAGAAACAGUCUCCAGGCGGGGGAUAUAGACGGGGCCAGGAGGCUGGGUAAACUGGCUCGUCUGCUCAGUAUCUUCUCCAUUGUCUUGGGCGUGGUCAUGAUCACAGUCUACGUCUCAGUUUCAGUUUCCAAAUGAACUCGCGAGAGAUGAUCUUUCAGCAAGUAAACAAAUGAAAAACACCAUUCAGAGAUGCAUGUAUUAGAAUCUGGUUAGCAUUUGCUUGACAAAAAUAAUGAAAAUCCUGAUGUAAAUCUGUCAGGUUAAAACAGAGGAGGAAGAAAAUGCAGAUUUGUUUGUGGUCAGAAGGAACCCCGUGUGUUUCCCAGUGUGGAACAUGGACUUCUCUCAAUGAAGACAAUAAUCUGUGUAUGAGGAGAGAGCGACUUUCUCUGUAUGAGAUGGAGCUUCUUUGGAAAAAUGGAUUUGGGGUUUUGUCUCCAAACUUUGGACAGCUGCAUAUAAUCCUCAUAUAUUCCUUAUCGAAUCUUUUGCAUUCAAAGCAUAUACAGUUACAAAUAUAUUUGAAAUGUGGAUAGAAAAAAAAUACAUAUAUACAUUGUAUAUGUACAUUUUAUAUAAUGUUUGUAUGCCAAGCGGUGCUGGGUUUGCUAAGGCUGUCAUAGUGGCUCCUUUGUCAGUACCUGGAUGCUCAGUGGAAACUCAAAGGUUUGUGAAAGUGGGCAGGGGACAUAAUUGUUUUUAUUUAUUAUAAUUUUUCAUUGAAAACAAAAAAAAUACAAGACCAAGUGCAUGCCUGAAUGUAGCUCACCGAAUCUCUGCCUUCAUUUUGACUGUUAUUUCCAUGUUUCUUACCUUUUCCAGGAGUCUGAGAGACUAGCAGGUUUGCACAUGUGAGACUGUUUUGUGUACAUCUAAUUAUUUACCACAAACAUGACUUAGUCUCAGCUACACCUUCAGGUGUUGUUUCUCCUCACCAUAUUCCCUUAUAAUUAAUUUUACGUGUGUGUGUGCGUGCGUGCGUGUGCACGUGUGUUUGCUGCCUUUCUACACCAUAGCUCCCUAUUUGGCAUUGUUAUACAAUGACUGUUAAAUGUCACUGAUUGUUUCACUGAAUGUUUUUUCCAGCUUGUUGUAUUGGUAUAAAAUGUAUUUAUACAGGAAAAUAUAUAUGCAAUAUGUACGCAUGCUAUGGGCCAAACAGGCUGACACAAACUUGUUUUUUUUUUUUUAACAACAAGCAGGUCUAUAAGUUCAACUUAGUAACAAUGAAAAGCAUUUAAACAAAAAACACAAGCAUUCUGUAAAGUUCAAGCCUGACAAAUUGUCUGUAUUCAUAAUUUUAUCAAAGAGAUGCAGUUUAUUGAUCUGCCUGUGGAUACAUAACAAGGCUUGUGAGCAUAGAUAAAAUUCA